ACGAGACCCGAAAAGAAAACGAAGCCCCUCGGACAGACGCAGAUAAAAAGGUGGCACUUGCAACUUGCUGGACAAAUUCAUUCAAACUUCAACCUGCAAAGAUUUUCAGUCACAAAAACAAAAUGUAGCCUGAUUUAUUGACGAACCUUAAAAAUCAUCAAAUUAUGGACAGAUAAAAUAAAAACAAACAAACAACUGUUUUAUAUAUUUUGAUUACAUCUGAACUAAAAAGAGGAAUUGUAGUUUUUGGAGCAGUUCUACACCAAAAACUACAAACAUGGCUGCCAGUGUAACAAUGGAAGUUGCUGACAUCAUUGUCGUCGCCUUGUACUUUUUAUUGGUCCUUGCCAUCGGGUUUCUAGCCAUGUGGAAAGCUAACCGUAGUACAGUUAGCGGCUACUUUCUGGCUGGUCGCUCUAUGAACUGGGCGGCUGUUGGUGCAUCUCUUUUCGUUAGCAAUAUCGGCAGCGAGCACUUCAUUGGACUUGCCGGGUCUGGAGCGGCUAGCGGUUUUAGCGUUGCCGCGUGGGAGUUCAACGCUUUGCUACUCCUCCAGUUGCUAGGCUGGCUAUUCAUUCCAGUUUACAUCCAGUCUGGUGUCUACACCAUGCCAGAAUAUUUGUCCAAGCGAUUCGGCGGGCGUAGGUUAAAAGUGUAUUUCGCUACACUUAGCCUAGUGCUAUAUAUUUUUACCAAAUUGUCCGUCAAUCUGUACACUGGGGCCUUGUUCAUUCAGGAGUCGUUAGGGUGGAACCUUUACCUGUCAAUCAUCCUGCUCAUCGCCAUGACGGCCAUUUUGACAGUGACGGGAGGACUUGUGGCUGUGAUUUAUACAGAUGUGAUUCAAGCUAUUUUAAUGAUCGGUGGAGCUUUAACGCUAACUGGAAUUAGCCUCUUCAAAGUUGGGGGGCUUGAAGGUGUUCGGACCAAAUACAUGCAGGCUAGUCCCAACAUCACGUCCAUAAUGCUGUCCUACCCAAACCUGACCUUCUCCAACAGUUGUCUGCUCCACCUGGACCCCAAACCUGCAGCACUGAGGAUCCUGAGAGGACCCACCGACCCAGACCUGCCCUGGCCUGGGUUUUUACUGGGACAGACCCCUGCUUCUCUGUGGUAUUGGUGUGCAGAUCAGGUGAUCGUCCAGCGAGUUCUUGCUGCUAAAAACAUUGCUCACGUCAAAGCCUCCACCAUCAUGGCUGGAUUUCUGAAGAUACUCCCCAUGUUCAUAAUCGUUAUCCCAGGUAUGAUCGCUCGUAUCUUCUUUGUCGACGACCUCAUCUGCAUCAGCCCUGAUCACUGUAUGGAGGUCUGCGGUUCCCCGGCUGGCUGCAGUAACGUCGCCUAUCCGCGUUUGGUGAUGUCCGUGAUGCCGAUUGGACUGCGCGGUUUGAUGCUAGCCGUCAUGAUAGCAGCACUUAUGAGCGACCUCGACUCCAUUUUCAACUCUGCUAGCACCAUUUUCACUCUGGAUAUUUACAAGAUGCUACGUAAACAAGCUACGUCCCGUGAAUUGGUCAUUGUUGGCAGGCUAGCGGUUGUUUUUGUUGUUAUAAUUAGCAUAGCAUGGGUACCGGUUAUCAUUGAAAUGCAAGGUGGGCAAAUGUUUUAUUAUAUACAAGAAGUUUGUGAUUAUUUAACACCACCAAUAGCCGCUAUGUUUUUGCUAGCAGUGUUGUGGCAUCGCUGCAAUGAAACUGGAGCAUUUUGGGGAGCGCUAACCGGAUUCGUACUUGGGACAAUAAGGCUAAUAUUAGCAUUUAUCUACCGUGAACCGCAUUGUGACCAACCAGACAAUAGACCAAGUUUUAUCAAGGAUGUCCAUUUUAUGUAUGUGGCAGCCAUUUUGUUUUGGAUUUCUGCUUUGGUUACAGUUAUUGUAAGUUUGCUAACUCCACCUCCGACAAAAGAGCAAAUCAAAAUGUCAACUUUUUGGGGAUUGCGUAAUAGGAAAAAGUCAAAAUUGCAAGAAAGGUCCAAUGAUAGUAAUGCACUGAAACUGCUAAAUCAUUCACAACUUAACGGCAAUGGCAGUUUAAAUGGUCACAUUGCAAUAAAUGAGCACAGCACUACAGAAAAUCAAAAUGACCGCCAAAAACAGGAAGAAAGUUGCUACGACGAUAUUGGGAAUUCAAAAUGUCUCCAAGUCAUUAACUGGUUUUGUGGAAUUAAUGAAGAUCCAACCUCCACGUAUGAACCAAGUGCACAAGAACAAGAAAAAAUAGUGGACGAACUUCUUUACGAAUCACCGAAAAUGAAGAUUGUGCUAAACAUAGCUUUAGCAUUCAUUUGUGGAGUUGGAGUGUUUCUUUUUGUGUAUUUCACAUUGUAAAUUUUGUAAAAGAUUU